GGCGGCGGGCUAGGGCGCUCGCCGGGCUUCUGGGCCGACCCCGCUCCGGCGCCUCCGCUCGCCGCCCGGGGUCCGCCCCCGCGGCCCGGCUCCCUGAUGACCACCGAGGGCGGGCCGCCGCCGCCGCCCCCGCCGCGCCCGCCGCCGGCCCCGCUCCGCCGCGCGUGCGGCAGCCCGGCCCCCGGAGCGCUGCAGGCCGCCCUGAUGAGCACGCCGCCGGCCGCCGCCGCCGCCACCGCCACCGCGCUGGACGCCGCCGCCACCUCCUGCUCCUCCACGUCGUCGUCGUCGUCGUCCUCCGGCUCCUGCGCCUCGUCCUCGUCCAACGCGGCCAGCGCCUCCUCGGCCGCCUGCAAGAGCGCGAGCGGCGGCGGCGGUGGCGGCGCGGGCGGCGGCGGCCCCAAGAAGGCGAGCUCGGGGCUGCGGCGACCGGAGAAGCCGCCCUACUCGUACAUCGCGCUCAUCGUCAUGGCCAUCCAGAGCUCGCCCAGCAAGCGCCUGACCCUCAGCGAGAUCUACCAGUUCCUGCAGGCGCGUUUCCCCUUUUUCCGCGGCGCCUACCAGGGCUGGAAAAACUCCGUGCGCCACAACCUCUCGCUCAACGAGUGCUUCAUCAAGCUGCCCAAGGGCCUCGGGCGGCCCGGCAAGGGCCACUACUGGACCAUCGACCCGGCCAGCGAGUUCAUGUUCGAAGAGGGCUCGUUCCGCCGCCGGCCGCGCGGCUUCAGACGGAAGUGUCAGGCGCUCAAGCCCAUGUACCACCGCGUGGUCAGCGGCUUGGGCUUCGGGGCCUCGCUGCUGCCCCAGGGCUUCGACUUCCAGGCGCCCCCCUCGGCGCCGCUCGGCUGCCACGGUCAGGGCGGCGGCUACGGCGGUCUCGACAUGAUGGCCACCGGCUACGACGCGGGCGCGGGUGCCCCGGGCCACGCGCAUCCUCACGCGCACCACCACCACCACCACCAUCAUCACCACGUCCCGCACAUGUCGCCUAACCCGGGCUCCACCUACAUGGCCAGCUGUCCGGUGCCCGCGGGGCCCGGGGCCGUGGGCGCGGCCGGCGGGGGCGGCAGCGGUGGGGACUUCGGGCCGGACAGCAGCAGCAGCCCGGUACCUUCCUCCCCGGCGAUGGCGAGCGCCAUCGAGUGCCACUCGCCCUACACGAGCCCUGCGGCGCAUUGGAGCUCGCCUGGAGCCUCGCCUUACCUCAAGCAGCCGCCGGCCCUGACGCCCAGCGGCAACAGCGCGGCGCCCGCGGGCCUUCACUCCGGCGUGUCGUCCUACUCGUUGGAGCAGAACUACCUGCACCAGAACGCCCGUGAGGACCUGUCAGUGGGACUGCCUCGUUACCAACCUCACUCCACUGCGGUGUGCGACAGAAAGGAUUUUGUCCUCAAUUUCAACGGCAUUUCUUCCUUCCCCCCCUCGGCCAGCGGGUCCUACUAUCACCACCACCACCAGAGCGUGUGUCAGGAUAUUAAGCCCUGCGUCAUGUGA